UUUGCUCCGGUCCUCACGCGCCGCUACUCGUAUGAAGUUGCUUCGCCCUCCUGGAUAUCGAUACGCGGUCGUUCAACUAGAUCCUGUCGGCAUGGUCAAGCAUUUCCGGGAUCCAAUUGCAACCGCGGAGGCUCGGGAAAUGCGCCCCAAGAAAUAUCUCGUUUACCUAGAUACGCCACUGGACCUCCCAUCACCGGACAAGUCUUGGUUUCGUUUCCGCGUGGUUCCCAUUGCUACCACUUUGCGACCGCAAGUCAAAGAGAAGGGGAUCACGUCAGACAUGGUCAUUCCGAUCUAUCCAAAUACGCAUCAUCCUGGCGGUCCUCGUGAUCCCAUUCAUACUCACCCUGCGCCAUUCCCGUUCCCGAACUGCUAUCACUGGUACAACACCUACGUGAAUCUGCGCGUUCGCCGAAAACCUGACCUAUACGAUGGCUCGCAUGCGUUCAGGGUGGACCACUACCAGCACUUGAUGAUCGACCAAGGAUUCCGUGAUGAUCUUCUUCGCAUACACCAAUUCCGACUCGAUAAAUUGGCAGCCGCCGACCGUGAGCCAUCGGUUAGAGAUUUAUCUGCGCCAAAGGAUGGGACCACGUCGCCCUCGCCUCCGUCAUCUAUGCCUACCGAUGAAGGCGUAGUUGUGGAUGAUGCGGACUCACUUCCCGAUGGCCCAGAUGACGCCGACACCGACUCGCGUAGUUCGUCUUAUGCCGCGUCCCACGACAGCAGGCGCGACUCGAACCAUUCGAUUGAUGCAGUCUUCCGGAUGGAUCCAUUUGGAUUCCAUGUCGACGACACAAUCGAAUUUAUGCCUCUCGUAUACCUGUGGUUCGAGCUCACUGAGCACCUCACGGCGGAGACGAUCCCUAGCCCGGUCGAGUUCGAAAAGGAGAGAGAAACAAUUAUGCGAAUAAUCCACGAUGCCCGAGAACGAGCCCCCGAUGACCUCGAGCUACCGCCAAAGGACAGUGGAAUCGACCUCGACCACGACACUGCCAGCAUUCUGAGCACCUUUGCGCGAUGGGAGUCUGCGUAUAAGGAACAUAGUCUCAUCCCUGCGGAGGUCCGGGAGAGGCUUGGGAUAGUUCUGCGUCAGCCGGUCAAGCGACGGCCACAGCCCCCACCCACAGAGGCGCCCGGAAGGUGGCAGCGAGUCAAACAUCGAGCGGGGCGUCUGCUUUGGCGACCGCCACUUUGGCAGGCUCAUCCACCAUUGCUUCCUUGUUGGCCUUGAAGUUCGUCAUGCACUGUGUCAUUGUUUCUUUAGUAAGCGGCAUGCCAGCAGUGUCGUCAUAUCGGUUCACGCUGACCACGUAUCAGUAGCUCCUUGCACUUGAAGUUUUUGUUGUCUAUGCUGUCAUUCGUUAUUCGUCCCACUGCUAUCGCAUCGUAUAUCAAUCGCGUCGUUAUCUCAUGC